AUUUAUAUAUCUUGUUUUUAAUAUUUUCAUCUUUAAAUUAAUUAAAUUAUCAAAAAAAUUACUCUUGGGGUACAAACGAAACAUAAAAAUCGAAAAUAGGGUACAAUUGAAAAUUUUCCUAGAUCGUGGUAUAAAUGAAAAAAAGUUACAAAGUGAGUGGUUUUUAAGUAAUUAGGCCUUUAAACACUCAACCAUUAGCUUCAUUUCAUCUUCCCAACAUUUAUUGACUUAUUCAUCAUCUACCAAUCUCUGCACAAUGAAUGAACUCAAACCAACACAGCCUAACUCAUCUCCUCUCACACCACUCACUUUCCUAGAACGAGCAGCAAUCAUUUACGAUGAUUGCCCAUCGAUCAUCUACAACAAAACUACUUACACAUGGUCACAAACCUACCGUCGCUGUCUUCAACUCGCCUCCUCUCUCACCUCUCUCGGCAUCAAAACACGACACGUCGUCUCCGUCCUCGCCCCCAACAUCCCCGCCAUGUACGAGCUCCAUUUUGCAGUUCCCAUGUCCGGUGCAAUCCUCAACACCAUCAACAUCCGGCUCGAUGCUCGUACCGUCUCGAUUCUCCUCCAACAUGGCGAAUCAAAGCUUGUGUUUGUUGAUAUCAUGAGUAAAUCUUUAGCUCUUGAAGCCAUCUCUCUACUUCCACCGGAAGCUAAAUCUCCAAUUCUUGUUCUUAUUGAAGAUGAUGAUUAUGAUCAAGAAGUCAACGAUUCUUUCAAAGUCAACGCUUCAUCGACAUGUGGUGAUCGUCGAUUCGUUGAUAGUUACGAGGGUUUGGUGAUGAAGGGUGAUCCUAGCUUCAAAUGGAUCCGACCAACUAGUGAAUGGGACCCAAUUGUGUUAAACUACACUUCAGGUACGACUUCUUCUCCUAAAGGUGUAGUUCAUUGUCACAGAGGCUCAUUCAUCACAGCCCUUAAUUGUCUUGUUGAUUGGUUUGUACCGAGUCAACCUGUAUUUUUAUGGACCUUACCCAUGUUUCACUCCAAUGGGUGGAACUACCCGUGGGGCAUGGCUGUAGUAGGUGGGGUCAAUAUUUGUCUUAGAAAAUUUGAUGGGUCAAUUAUUUAUAGCUUGAUUAAGAAACAUAAUGUAACGCACAUGUGUGCUGCCCCGGUCGUGCUUAACAUGCUAUCAAAUACUGUAUCUACCACUCUGGAAAAGCCAGUCCACAUCCUUACCGCCGGAGCUCCACCGCCGGCGGCGGUACUCUCUCGGACGGAGUCUUUAGGUUUCAUAAUAACUCAUGGUUACGGAAUGACAGAAACCGGUGGGAGUGUAACGUCGUGUGCAUGGAAACAAAAGUGGAACCAUUUCCCGGUGACAGAAAGAGCGAGACUAAAAGCAAGACAAGGAGUAAGAACGGUAGCGAUGACAGAGGUGGAUGUAAUCGAUUCGGAAACCGGAAAGAGCGUAAAACGAGACGGAUUAUCGCUGGGGGAGAUCGUUUUACGCGGCGGGUGUAUCAUGCUAGGUUAUCUGAAGAAUCCAGAGGCUACCGCAAAACAAAUGAAAGAGAAUGGUUGGUUUUACACAGGGGACGUGGGUGUAAUGCAUGCAGAUGGUUACUUAGAGAUUAAAGAUCGAUCUAAAGAUGUGAUAAUCAGUGGCGGAGAGAAUAUAAGCAGUGUGGAGGUUGAGUCUGUGCUGUAUAGUUAUCCAGAUAUUGAAGAAGCGGCUGUUGUGGCUAGACCGGAUGAGUUUUGGGGUGAGAGUCCUUGUGCAUUUGUGACAUUGAAGAAGAGUAAAAAUAAGGGUUUGUGUGAUCAGAAAACGGUGGAGAAGGAGAUUAUUGAGUAUUGUAAGGCUAAGAUGCCUCAUUACAUGGUUCCUAAGACAGUUGUUGUGUUUAAGGAAGAAUUGCCUAAAACAUCUACUGGUAAGAUCAAGAAGUUUUUGCUGAGGGAUAUGGCUAGAGCCAUGGGUGAGUCCAGAUCUAGUCGCUUGUGAAGCUUGGUAACUUUUUUUUUUUGGCCAUUUUUUUAAAUUAUCAGAUUUUAUUAAAUAGUUGUAAUGUUUGGGUUGAUUGUUUUUGGCUGAAACCAAUUGUAAAAUGCAAAAUAAUUGAAACAAAUAAGAAAUGGAAACUAUUAACUUUUUGUAUGAAUAAAAGAGUAUUUAUCUCAUAUAAUGGCGGUAUUAUGUCAUUUUUAUA